CCUGCGGCUGCUUGAAUCUUCUGACCGAGACCGAAAAUGUCGGCCAGUCAUUUCGUCAAACAACUCUUCCGCUUCAACUCCCGCCAUUACCUUGCACGACCUCCGUCUCCCUCCUCCCUGCUCCUAAGCUGCCUCUCAUCAGCUCUUUCCAGGACCUAUAAUCACCGCACUCCUUACACAACCGACAGCAGAUUUUCCUCCGGUUCUCCUUCUUCUUCUUGCUCUUUGUCAGUGUCUUCGGAGACCGCCGCCACAGAACCGUUCUCAUCAUCUUAUCUCUCUGUCCGCAUCCAGUGCCGGAAAGACGAGGCUGAUGUGCUUUCAGAAGCUCUUUUGUGCUUCGGUGCGAGCUCCAUCAGCAUCGAUGAAGAAGAUGGCCCCACGAGCUCCGAUGAGAUUUCAAUCGAUUCUGUAUUUUCUCCAAGUGAAGAUGUGGGCGCGUGCAUUUCAAAUGCAGCUGAUUCCAUAGGCUUGAAAGAACUUCCAAAGUAUGAGGUCGAAAGGCGAGAGCAAGAGGACUGGAUUACGAAAAGCCAGGAAUCGUUUCAUCCAGUGGAAGUUACGGAAGGACUUUGGAUUGUGCCCGAGUGGCGAGCACCCCCAGAUGUGAAUGCGACAAACAUUAUUCUGAAUCCCGGAUUAGCUUUUGGAACUGGGGAGCACCCUACUACGAGUUUAUGUCUACAGCUGCUCCGUGGACUCAUAAGAGGAGGGGAACACUUCUUGGACUAUGGAACUGGUUCUGGAGUUCUCGCUAUCGCAGCACUCAAGCUAGGUGCAGGCUUGGCAGUUGGAAUUGAUAUAGAUCCUGUGGCGAUAUCAUCAGCUCGUCAAAACGCUGCUCUGAACAACAUUGGCCCUGGGAGGAUGCGACUCCACCUAGUCCCAGACAAUCGUCCCGCCUCAAACGAAGCAAUGCGUGUAGAUGAAGAAGGGAGGGCCGCUCCUGGGCAUGAGUUUAUCUCGGAAGAAGAGAUGUAUGAUAUUAUCAUUGCAAACAUACUCUUGAAUCCUCUGUUAGAGUUAGCUGAUCAAAUCAUAUCAUACGCGAAGCCUGGUGCAGUUGUCGGCAUCUCUGGUAUCUUAUUGGAGCAGGUUCCGUACAUCACCAGUCGAUAUUCACAUUUCAUGGAAGGUAUAUCAGUCUCAGAAUUGGAUGAUUGGGCAUGUGUCACUGGCAGGAGGAAGAAGCAUCUCUCAGGCAGCUAAGCUUCCACUUAACUUGCUCAAGUGAAGUUGCCAACACUUACGGCGUUAUCCGCCUUGUGCACAUGUUAGUCCGGAACCACGAAUGUAAACUUUCUCCCACACAAAAGUGUAACUAUCUUCCAUGCAGUUACCUGCUUAAUAUCAUUAGCGUAUGAGCUACAUAGCUGCCCUAAGUGUAUGUACUCGAAACUCUUUCAGAUUUCAAUUUAAUGGAACUGUCUCUCUUCUCUAA